AUGCAUUCGACCAGCUUGUUUACAAAUCCAUAUGCAGUAGAAGUCCUGCAGACAAAAAAAGAAGAACUGGUGGAAGGCAUUAACAAUCCGGACCAUCUUCUUAACUGGUUGAUAACCAAUGGUAUCUUUACACCAGAGAAAAAAAUGGUUAUGUCCUACUACAGAACACGGAUAGAAAAGAACUCGCGGGUUUUGGAUAUCCUGGUUUCUCAAGGUGAGCGAGCUUGCAGGCUGUUUUUUUAUCCAUGUUUAAAACAAGUAGAGCCAAAUCUGUACAACAGUGUGCGGAGAUAUGUCAGUGAUAUAAAUGAAAGUAUCGGUGAUGCUAGAAGACAACUAGUAGGGUACCUUCUUGAAAAGGACAAGGAUUGGAUUGAAAAGUCCAAAGAACAACACAAAGAGAAGACAGAUAUUCCUAGACAGAUAAAGAGAAAAAGGGGUAUUAUAGAAAAAGUUAAAGAAACACAAAGUUUGCCAGCAGCAAAAACAAAAAAGGACCAUUCUGAUACUGUUAGUAUCUUUGGUGCAGCUGCAAAAGGUGAUCUUUCUAACCUAGAGAAAAUGCUGAAGGAGAACGAUAUUAAUGCAGUAAACUCCUCAAAUGAAACACUCCUCCAUAUUGCAGCUGCUAAUGGUCAGAUUGCAGUAAUGGAAUAUUUAAUUAAAAAAGGUGCUAAGCUAGAAGUGAAGGAUAGUCAAGGGAAAACACCACUCCACAGGGCAGCUGAAAAAGGCCAGGAUGAUGCAGUGAAAGUGCUACUCCAAGCCGGUGCCUACAUAUAUAGUUUAGAUGAAGCAGCCAAAACGCCACUUCAUUUGGCUGCACAGAACCACCACGGUCCUACACUGAACAGGAUUCUGAAAGAAGAGGCAAAGCGUUACAGGAACCAGCACAACUUCUUGCAUAUGGCAGCUCUCAAAGAUGAAAGCAGUUUGGCACAAAUGCUUUUAAAGAAUGGUGCCUCAGUUGAUGCAAAGGAUGAGAAAGGGCAAAGUGCUUUGAGUUACGCUGUUUCCCGGGGAUUUGAGACGACUGUAAAAGUACUGCUUGAAGCUGGAGCUAGCAUCGAUUCCAAUGUACUUGAUGUAGCCUUCGAUAGCAACAACCAAUCCAUUUUCCAAAUACUGUUAGAAUAUUUUAAAGGUUUGUCCCCUGACACAAUGGUGUCAGCUCUUUUUAAAGCUGUCCAGAAGAACCUGCAUGGCAUUGUAGCAGCUUUAGUAGACAAAGGCACAGAUAUCAAUGUCUACAAUGAAAUGGGGUACACGCCUUUACUCAUGGCUUGUGAACUGGGUAAAACAGAGUCUGCAGAAGUUCUAAUUGAAAAAGGAGCCAGCUUGAAGGAGAAGACACCCAGUUCAGACACGGCUUUACAUUUAGCUGUUCAAGCUGGGGCAGUUGCCAUCACUAGUCUGCUUCUACGCAAAGGGAUGAAUGCUAACAUCACAAACCAGGGAGAUCAAACCCCACUGCACAUUGCUGCAUUUCAUAAUAAGGAAGCACUCGUUGACAUAUUAAUCAAUGCUGGGGCCAAAAUUAACGCUGUCACAAAGGAGUUAGUCACUCCUUUACAUAUUGCAAGCCAAAGAGGUAAUGCUGAUGUUGCUCAAAAACUGCUGCAGCAUAAAGCCAAUGUUAAUGUUAAGGAUAAGCAGUCGAAGACACCCUUACAUCUUGCCACUGAAUUAGGAGAUUGUGCAAUGGUGGAAUUGCUUAUUAAUUCCAAUGCUGACGUCAAUGUCACAGACAGGGAGAAGAAGGCGCCUCUUCACAUGGCAGCUAUGGGAAAUUAUCUCAAUAUAGUUAAACUUCUAUUAGCCAAAAAAGCCAGAUUUGGAGCUAAGGACAUGGAUGGCUGCACACCAAUGCAUUAUGCAAGCAUCAAAGGCAAUGCAGAGAUAGUAAAACUCCUCCUGAUGGAAGGGAAGAAUAAACAUGUUGAUGACAAAAAUAUCUGGAGAAAGACUCCACUGCAUCUUGCAGCAGAACAUGGGCACAGUGACUUGAUAAAUUUGUUGUUGAGCCACGGGUCAGCCAUUAAUGCUUUAGAUAACAACAAAGAUACCCCACUGCACUGUGCUUGCAAGGCCGGUCAUUUUAACUCUGUAAAUUCACUUGUAAGCUGGUCUCAGGGAGAGAGAGCAAACUUACAAGCCACUAACAGCCUCAGAAAGACACCACUGCAAGUAGCAGAAUUUAACACAACUGAAAACCAAGCUCAGAUUGUAACAUUUUUGAAAAAGAAAAUGUUCAUAACAAAAUAA